CACUCAACCAGAACCAAAGACGGAGGGAUACUCUGGAGGUGCAGACGCCUCUGGACACGUCACCCCAGAAGCGAGCGGACCUGCAUGGAAGCACUGAUAAGGCGCACUGGUCAGGGAUAUCUAGGGGCUAUCCAGAGCCUACAGCAGCGGAGGGGUGGUAACGCAGUCACCCUGCUACCCAGAGGGCCACUUCCGAGGGCAGUCACGCUGGAGCGAGGGAGAGCCUCGACACACGCCCUCCCAUCUCUUCUGUUCCACUGGACCGCAUGAGGGAGAACAGGACCAUGGCCGAGUGGUGGUAUUUGUGUGUGUGGACUGAACCAAGAACUCCAAAGUUAUGUCCGCUAAUAUCUACCCUGAAUUGUGUGGCUUAAAGGAUUUGAAGGGGAGACAGCUGGCUUUCCUCAUCACUGCUCUCCGACUUGGGUCAGUCAGUCAGUCAGCCUCAAGCCAGCGCUGAUUCAUUCAUUCGUUCAAAAAACAAAAAAAAGUUUGUUCAUCAAGUGUGCGCUGAAUGCCGUCAGCUGCACAGCUGUCCAGGCUCUGCUGCACCAGAUUUUUCACCUUUCCGUGGAGGAGCGCUCCCAGCAUGAACCAGACGCCCAACAUCAGCGCCGUCGCGGGUGGUAGCGGCGGUGGCAGUGGUGGUGGCGGUGGUGGUGGUGCCAGCGGCGGUGGCGCGUGGGUGACCUCUCUCCUGGGCGCCACGCUGCUGAGCAUGUGCGUGCUGGGCAUGGCGGGCAACAUCUACACGCUCCUGGUGAUGCGCUCGGCGGCGCUGCGGCGCGCCGGCUCCAUGUACGUGUUCAUCCUGAACCUGGCGCUGGCCGACCUACUCUACCUGGGCACCAUCCCCUUCGUGGUGUGCACCUACUUCGCCCACAACUGGUUCUUCGGCGAGACGGGCUGCCGCGUGCUCCUCAGCCUGGACCUGCUGACCAUGCACGCCAGCGUCUUCGUCCUGGUGGCCAUGAGCCUGGAGCGCUAUCGGGCGGUGGCGGCGCCCUUCCGAGCCCGGCGCGCCGCCGCCGCCCCGCGCGCCCACUGGCUGGCGUCGCUGGGCAUCUGGCUGCUGGCCUUCGCGCUCACGCUGCCCAUGAUGGUGAUGAUCCGGCUGCGCGAGGGCCGCCCGAGCUCCGCCGGCCUGGUCAAGCGCAUCUGCUUCCCGACGUGGACGCCCGAGGCCUUCCGCGCCUACCUCACCGUGCUCUUCUUCACCAGCAUGCUGGUGCCCGGCCUGGUCAUGGUGGGGCUGUACGCCGGCCUCGCCAAGCGCUACUGGGCGGCGCAGGCCAACCUGGCCAAGCGCAGCGGCGGCGGCGGCGGCGGCGGCGAGCGCUCCGUGGCGUCGUCCUCCUCCUGGAGGCGCCGGCGCAGCCUCAAGCACAAGGUGGUGGCCAUGAUCUUCAGCAUCGUGGUGGCCUACUGGGCCUGCUUCCUGCCCUUCUGGGGCUGGCAGCUGGCCAAGCUCUUCUCGCCCGAGUCGCUGCGCGUGCUCUCGCCCGCCGCCCACACCUACGUCAACUUCUUCGUCACGUGCCUCACGUACGGCAACAGCUGCGUCAACCCACUGCUCUACACGCUACUCACCCGCAACUACAAAGACUACCUGGCCCAGCGCAGCCAGGCCACCGUGUCCAGUCGGACAGAGCCGGCCUCGGCCACCGCCGUCGGGCCCCCGGGGGACACCCAGGAUUUGUAAACGCCAAUCGCAUCGUGGUUCUCGCCGCGGGAUGAGAGUAACAGGACUUUGACCACCUCGGUUUUCUGCUGAGAACCUCAAAGCAUGUGCUCUGAUGGGAUUUUGAGACACCUGUCAACUUCUUUACUGAAUCAGCAGCAUGGGUUUUGUGGAAGAUAAUGUUACACACUUGACUGGGCUAGGUGUCUGCGCUGGACCCUGUGCCGUGUGUGGAAUGUGCCCCCAGCCUGACACAUUCCACAGCCAGCAGGCACAGGCCCUUUCGCGCUGCUCCACAAAUUGUUCGCAAGAAUGUGGUUCCUCCCCGGGUUAUCCAUUAUCCACCAGCAUGAGAAAAAUACAUGAACAAGAUUGGCCUGGACAGCAGUCAUUGGACCGUGUCGCCGCCAUGCUGAGCCAUCUACUACACGGUGGCCGUCUUCAAACAAUGCCAUGCUAAAUUAGUCACAGAAUAAUACAGUUUGAAUCAUUUGACCAAACAAAGAGGUCAAAUGGCAACAGUUGGUUCCUGCUUGUGUUGACCUACAAAGAAUGGAAGAGUAGUAGGAUAAUUUGGCUGGUCAGUAGGCUAAUACGAAUGAUCUAAUUGACUCGUUCUUUUGAAAAACACUAUUCAUUCUAGAA